AUGUUUGGUGUGCGAAACGUGAGUAUUUUGGGCGCCUCGGUGGUGGCCGCCGGGGGUGUGGCAUAUGUGGUCUGGAGUUACCUCUCGAAGGAGCAGACGUCUGCAGCACCUGCGAAAGAAGCCCAACACACAACAACAACAACAACAACAACGCUAAAGUCCAACAAAAGGGAAGAGGACGAUGUCAAAGCUGAUGAAAUCCGGGCAUCUCCUGUAAAAGUUGAAGAGAUCCGGGCAUCUCCUGUAAAAGUUGAAGAGAUCCGGGCAUCUCCUGUAAAAGUUGAAGAGAUCCAGGCUGCUCCAGUUAAAGUUGAAGAGAUUCGAGCUGAUUCUGCUCCUGCUGUGACUGCAGAGGCACAGUCCGCUUCUGUGUCGGAGCCAGUGAAGCCUCGUGGGACACAGGUGCUGGUUCUGGGUCUGGAUGGAGCAGGAAAGACCAGUCUGCUGUGCUCCUUCACAAACAGCUGGUGUGAAGAGAGGCCACUCUCUACACAAGGGCUCAACGCUGUCUCCAUCAGCAGAGAGGAUCUGUCUAUUGAAUUUCUUGAAAUUGGUGGAAGUGCAGAGUUGAGGCAGUACUGGCUGAAGUAUUUGCCCAAAGCCUUGAUGCUGGUGUACGUGGUGGAUGCAUCUAACCCACAGCUCUUCCCUUUGGCUAAAACACAUCUCCACGAGCUCCUAGUCUCAGACCCCCACCUGCCCUUGAUGGUGCUGGCCAACAAACAGGACUGUGCCGGAGCAUGUCCCAUCACUGACGUCCAUGAAGCCCUGGGCCUGUCUGAGCUUGGAGAGCGCAGGCUGUUUGUGAUCGGCACAUAUGUUACAAAAGACAUGGAUGAGCCCAGUUCAGGAGUGGAGGACGCACUGGGGAUCAUUACUCAGAUAGUCCAAAGAUGA